AUGCUCCUGUUAAUCAUGGUGGCGUUAGACUUGAGUGCUCUGGUCAAAUUUAUCACUCGUUUCACCGAAGAAUCGUUUGCCGCCUUGAUCGCGCUCAUUUUCAUCAUUGAGGCACUGAAGAAGAUGUACGCCGUGUCCAAAUACUACAAAGUGGACGUGUAA